AUUACAAAGUACGGAAAGGUAUGUCUCUUCUGCUGUGAAAUUUUUUUUCAUUUAUCUUUUUUUUGUUCAGAUAAACGUGACACUCAAACGGUAGCAGGCGACGAUUGGAACUCACUGUCAUCAGCUGUGCAGACUGGCAACUUUGCCAUCAUCGAGAAUAUGUUGUCACGUGGCCUGGAUAUCAACACAAAAAAUAAUGAUGGUAAUACGGCUUUGAUUUUAGCUGUUUCUAGUGGCAAAAUAGAUGCCGUAAAUUACCUCUUAGAGAAAGGAGCUGAUCCCUUUAUUGUAGGCCACUCUGGCAUUACUCCACUGCACGCAGCCUCAAAGGAUGAUAAUGUCAACAUCAUCGAAACACUAAUGUCACGUGGCCUAGAGAUUGAUAUAAAAGAUAAUAGAGGAGCUACACCAUUGAUAGUGGCUGCAGCUUGUGGCAAGAUUAAAGCUGUAAAUUAUCUUUUAGACAAUGGAGCCGAUCCCUCUAUUACAAACCAGUCAGGAAGAAAUUCACUGCACGCCGCUUCACAGGGUGGUAAUAUCGCAAUCAUCAAGACACUAAUGUCACGUGGCCUAGAGAUCGAUAUAAAAGAUAAUAGAGGAGUUACACCAUUGAUGUGGGCUGCAUUGUCUGGCAAGAUUGAAGCUGUAAAUUAUCUUUUAGACAAUGGAGCCGAUCCCUGUAUUAGAGACAAGUUAGGAAGAAAUUCACUGCACGCCGCUUCACAGGGUGGUAAUGUCACAAUCAUCGAGACACUAAUGUCACGUGUUCUAGAGAUCGAUAUAAAAGAUAGUGAAGGAAGUACACCAUUGAUGUUGGCUGCAUUGUCUGGCAAGAUUGAAGCUGUAAAUUAUCUUUUAGACAAUGGAGCCGAUCGCCGUAUUAGAGACAAGUUAGGAAGAAAUUCACUGCACGACGCUUCACAGGGUGGUAAUGUCACAAUCAUCGAGACACUAAUGUCACGUGGUCUAGAGAUCGAUAUAAAAGAUAGUGAAGGAAAUACACCAUUGAUGUUGGCUGCAUUGUCUGGCAAGAUUGAAGCUGUAAAUUAUCUUUUAGACAAUGGAGCCGAUCCCUGUAUUAGAGACCAGUUAGGAAGAAAUUCACUGCACGACGCUUCACAGGGUGGUAAUGUCACAAUCAUCGAGACACUAAUGUCACGUGGCCUAGGGAUCGAUAUAAAAGAUAAUAGAGGAGUUACACCAUUGAUGCGGGCUGCAUUGUCUGGCAAGAUUGAAGCUGUAAAUUAUCUUUUAGACAAUGGAGCUGAUCCCUGUAUUAGAGACCAGUUAGGAAGAAAUUCACUGCACGACGCUUCACAGGGUGGUAAUGUCACAAUCAUCGAGACACUAAUGUCACGUGGCCUAGAGAUCGAUAUAAAAGAUAAUAGAGGAGUUACACCAUUGAUGCGGGCUGCAUUGUCUGGCAAGAUUGAAGCUGUAAAUUAUCUUUUAGACAAUGGAGCCGAUCCCUCUAUUAGAGACCAGUUAGGAAGAAAUUCACUGCACGACGCUUCACAGGGUGGUAAUGUCACAAUCAUCGAGACACUAAUGUCACGUGGUCUAGAGAUCGAUAUAAAAGAUAGUAAAGGAAAUACACCAUUGAUGGCGGCUGCAGUUAAUGGCAAGAUUGAAGCUGUAAAUUAUCUUUUAGACAAUGGAGCCGAUCCCUCUAUUAGAGACCAGUCAGGAAGAAAUUCACUGCACGCCGCUUCACAGGGUGGUAAUGUCACAAUCAUCGAGACACUAAUGUCACGUGGUCUAGAGAUCGAUAUAAAAGAUAGUGAAGGAAGUACACCAUUGAUGUUGGCUGCAUUUUCUGGCAAGAUUGAAGCUGUAAAUUAUCUUUUAGACAAUGGAGCCGAUCCCUCUAUUAGAAACCAGUUAGGAAGAAAUUAACUGCACGCCGCUUCACAGGGUGGUAAUGUCACAAUCAUCGAGACACUAAUGUCACGUGGUCUAGAGAUCGAUAUAAAAGAUAGUGAAGGAAGUACACCAUUGAUGUUGGCUGCAUUUUCUGGCAAGAUUGAAGCUGUAAAUUAUCUUUUAGACAAUGGAGCCGAUCCCUUUAUUAGAGACCAGUCAGGAAGAAAUUCACUGCACGCUGCUGCACAUGGUGGUAAUGUCGCAAUCAUCACAAAAAUGCUGUCACUUGGUUUGGAUGUUAAUUCAAAAGAUAUUAGAGGUCACACACCGUUAAAAAUCGCAAAAACAUUUGGUAAAACUGAGGCCGUAACCUUCCUACUUAGCAAGGGAGGACAUUGCAAGAGCUCUUUCAAAAACCGCUUUAACCAGGUACUCUGGAACUUUGUAUCAUAAGUGUCUUAUGAUUUUUAACGAAAUGCGCAUUUUAAGAUGAGAAUUGCAGCAUACAGUUACUUGUUAUCACCAAACUCAAUGUAGAGUAGUGUGUUUGGAUGUUUUAACAUUCCCAUAUAAUUCAGUUAUAUACUCGUUAUUCAUUUCUAAACUUUAGCCUUAAGCAUUAGUAUUUCUCAAAGAUAUGCAGAUGAUGUAGCAUUCUUUUCUUAUAUUCCAAAGUGGAACUUGUGUCAAGUUUUAGACUAACAGGCCAUUACAUUAGUCAUUAAGGCUAUUAUAUUAUUGGAACUAUACUCUAUAUAUUUUUAUCGUUAUACAUUGUUGGAACUUUGGAGUGACAUUAACCAUACGAUUUGAUCAUCCAGAUGGAAGUAGUCCAAAAUCUUGUCAGUGACAAUGGCUGUGGUUUCAAAUACAUGAACAGAAGUUAUCAUUAAAAUCAAGUGAAAAAUUGUAAGUUUAAUUCUGGUCCUUGAAAAGUGACAAAUGUCAUUUAGAUGAUCACACAACAUGACUGAAUGUUCUCCUUGGUUAGAUGCUUAUUAGUGCGUUUUUUUAGUGUUGUCUUGUGAUACGGCUGGGAGACUUUUCAGUUAUGAGACACUAUUUGCUUUGUAAUGAAUUGAUAACUUUUAAGAUGUAGUAGAAU